GCCGAAAAUAUUAAACUAAAACAUGAUAAAGAAGUUGUUGAAGCUAGAUUUACGAAUUUAGAGCACGGAGAUAAAGAAAAGAGUGAUCUUAUUGCUAAACUGCAACGGAGUGAUAAAGAAAAGACAAACCUUAUCGCUAAACUGGAGCAGAAUGAUAAGGAUACUGCUGCUGGAGUUGCGAAAUUAGAACAGAAGCAAUCGCAAGACGAUGAAAAGAGUAACUUCAUUGCCAAAUCAGAUGAUGAUACCAGGGAAAUCAACCAAUCUUCAGUUAUUAUCACAUCUACUAAAACGGAAAAUUCUAACGGUACCCAUAAACAGAAAGGCUUACGAUUUUCAAAUUUAUCAUGUGAAACAAAAACCAUUGGUUCAGGAAAUGAUCAAACUGAAAUAUCUGAAUUGGAGCAAGAUGAUGAGACUGAUAAAAAUCAAAUUGUAGAGCAGGGUUUAAUAGAAGAAUUGUAUUUAUCUACUGAUAGACAAAGCCUCAUUGAUUCCGCAAUAGAUAAUACUAGCUCUACUGAAAUUAAUAUAUCAAAGAAUAAAGGUUCAGCUCAACAUUUAUCUAAUUUAUUUAAAACAGCAAUUAAAUCUUGA